AUGGCCAGCACAGAGGCUGCAUUAACGAAUCUGCAAGUGGCAGGGCGGUUUUCUGAAAGCUACAUUAUAAAUGUUAACAAAGCAUUUUGUCUUGUUUCAGUGUGCAACUUCAUUGUGCACGAGCGAUGUGUGGGGCAGGUGGUGACGCCGUGCUGCGGGGUGGCGCCGAGCCUUAUAAAGAAUCCCGUGGCUCACUGCUGGUCGGAGCCGACACAUCACAAACGCAAGUUCUGCACGGUGUGUCGGAAACGGCUGGAUGAAUUACCAGCUUUACACUGCAUGAUAUGCGAGUACUACGUGCACGGAGAGUGCGUGGACUUCGCGGCUGCAGACUGCAAGGAGAACGCGACAUACUGCGCGGGCAGCGAGCCGCGGCACGUGCACCACUGGCGCGAGGGCAACCUGCCCGCCAACUCCAAAUGCGCCGCGUGCCGCCGCGCCUGCUGCUCCGCGGAAUGUCUCACCGGCUACCGCUGCGAGUGGUGCGGCACCACGUGCCACGCCGGCUGCCGCGCACUCAUACCGGACGAAUGCAACUUCGGCAUGCUGCAGCCGAUCUUCCUGCCUCCCUCAGCGGUGUCCAUCCCGCGCACGGAGGUGCCCAUGGAGGCCAUCAUCGGCGUGCACGUGCGCCCGCCUCCCUCGCAGCGCGACCGGCUGCCGUAAGUGUCCGCUCCACGCAGCGUGAGCCGAGAGUUCAGCUCGGGCUGCGAGGGCCGCUCGGGCUCCGGCGGCGGCUCCACCGGUGCACCAGCCGACCAGGAACACCGCCCCGACCAUAAGCAGCACCGCGAUCGUACACCAGAUGAUAGAGAUGAAGAAGUAGUAAAGGUGUACGACGGCGAGGCUGCGUGGUCCCGGCGGCUGUAUCGGCCGGUGGUGGUGGGCCGCAACUGGAACGAGCGCGAGCUGGUCUCGGCAGCCCUGCGCGCGUUCCACGUGGCUCGCGACCCUGACCAGUUCGAGCUGACGGACGCGCUCGCCGGCGAUGAGCCGCCACUCAAGGACCCCACGCCACUCGCGCGUGUCACCAGGCUGCCUAACAAGCGACCUGCCCUAUUCCUGCGUUUUAAAGAGCCCGAGACAGGAGGCGAGGUUCGCGUGUACCCGGGGCGGGUGGCGGGCGCGGGCGAGACGUUCGUGACGGUGCCGUGCUCCGGCGACGACACCGUGGCGGACCUCAUGGCGGCCGCACUCGAGCGCUUCGGCCUCGACCCCGCCAAUGCCACCGCCGAGUAUCGCUGCUCUGAGAUACUGCUCGAUCGCGGAGUAUCGGAGCGCGUGCUGGAGGAGGACGAGCGUCCGUGGCGCAUCGUGGUGCGGCUGGCGCGCGAGUCGGUGCGGCGCAUGGAGCUGGCGCGCUUCUACCUGCAGCCGCGCCGCGACCCGCACGGGCCCACGCUCGCGCUCUUCGUCGCCUCGCUUCCGCCCGGCCUCUCCGAGCGGAACUACGAGAACAUACUCGUCGAGUUUCUCGGAACAGAGAACAAGUUCACAUCGAUCGGUCCGAUCUACUACGAGUACGGGUCGAUGGUGAUCACGUACGAGGACGCGAGCAAGGCGGUGCGCGCGCUCUACGCACUCAGAGAGGCCAAAUAUGAAGAUAAGCAUUUAUUAGUUAUGCUCCUGCCCAGCAUAGAGCCGUCGAUGGUGCCGGCGGGCGUGAAGCCGCUGCUGGUAUUCGUCAACGUCAAGUCCGGCGGCUGCCAGGGCCUGGAGCUCAUCUCCUCCUUUAGGAAACUCCUAAACCCCUACCAGGUGUUCGACCUCGAGAAUGGAGGUCCGUUACCUGGGCUGUACGUGUUUCGUCACAUUCCCAACUACAAGAUCCUGGUGUGCGGCGGCGACGGCACCAUCGGCUGGGUGCUGCAGUGCCUCGACAACGUCGGCCAGGACUCCCAGUGCUCCAACCCUCCCUGCGCCAUCGUGCCGCUCGGCACCGGUAACGACCUAGCCCGCGUACUGCGCUGGGGCUCCGGGUACACUGGCUGCGAGGACCCGCUGUCGCUGCUGCGUGACGUCAUCGACGCCGAGGAGAUCCGCCUCGACCGUUGGACCGUCGUGUUCCACCCGGAGGACAAGCAGGACGAGCCCAAGGAUGUCUCCAAACAACUACCUGCGUCAGUGACGACGGGGUCGCAGAGUGAGGACAACUCGCAGAUCCUGGUGAUGAACAACUACUUCGGCAUCGGCAUCGACGCAGACCUCUGCCUCGACUUCCACAACGCACGCGAGGAGAACCCCAACAAAUUCAACAGCAGAUUGCGCAACAAGGGCGUGUACGUAAAGAUGGGCCUGCGCAAGAUGGUGGGCCGCAAGAUGUGCAAGGACCUGCACAAGGCGGUGCGGCUCGAGGUGGACGGCAAGCAGGUCGAGCUGCCGGCCGUCGAGGGCAUCAUCAUACUUAAUAUACUCAGCUGGGGCUCGGGAGCGAACCCUUGGGGUCCGGAGAAGGACGACCAGUUCAACAAGCCCAACCACUGGGACGGCAUGCUGGAGGUGGUGGGGGUCACCGGCGUCGUGCAUCUCGGCCAGAUCCAGUCCGGCCUGCGCGGCGCCAUGCGGAUAGCACAGGGUGGUCACAUCAAGAUCAACCUGCGGAGCGAGAUCCCGGUGCAGGUGGACGGCGAGCCGUGGGUCGCCGCCCCCAGCGAGGUGGUCGUCCUCAAGUCCGCUCUCAAGGCUACCAUGCUCAAGAAGCGCGCGAAGGUGCGGCGCCGCAACACCGAGCCGGCGAUGCCGCCGCGGCCGAGGCCCCUCCGCCCCGCCGCCGCCGCCCGAGGACUCCUGAAUCUGGCUGAGCGAGCGGCUCAUCUAAUGCCCGCGCCCGCCCAGGGCUCAAGGCCGGCGCGCGCGCGCCGCUCGCUGCUGCCGCGACUCGAACCCGCACCCGUACCCGUCACCAUCGCCGCCUCUGCAGCGCACUGA